AUGUUUGCUCUCUAUUUUAGUUGCUGUUUUCAUUAUUUCUGUUCUGUUCAAUAUUCUUCAACUACCAAGUCGCUGUAAAAUGUUGGGGUUUAUUUAUAUCCAAAUCAAAAUUCUCACUUUACUAAACCAUGGCCAAGGCCUUGGUAUAUUUCAAUCCAGAAAGAAUCACAAGAGAGCUGUGAACCACCGGCUGUUUUAGAUAAUAAAUUGUCUGCUAUUGCCCACUUGAUCCCACUAUAAUUUCACCAUGAAAAUGACUUUCUUCUGCGUUUUUUUUCCUCCCAUUUUUUCCUUUUAUUUCUUUCCCCCGGGAUGAAUUUGGCGUUGAUUAGUUAACACCAAAAAUUUCCACGGCCAGGAAAAAAAAAAAAAAGAAUCUUCUGGGUUUAUUUAUCCAUUACCAUCUAUAAAGUUGUCUGCUCCUGAACUCCUCAUUAUUACCAUAUAAAUAGAACUCAAUUACUAACUCCCAUCUUUUUUCUUUACCAACAAAGCUAACUGCAGAAUGCUUACUUUAAUUUUCAACUCUACAAAAUUCGCCAAAACCCCACCACUUGGCUGCGAAAAUUUUGGAUAAAUAUAUGUAGUCUGGUAUAACUGAGACAUGUUUUGAUGUAUAUUAUCUUAUAGUUUAUCAGAGCUACAGAUAAUAUUGUUUUUGUGGCCCAGAAAGAGAUACAGAGAUUUCUUUUAUCAUAUAAAACCUAGCAAAACUAAAAGAAAAGCCAAAAAGUCCAACCAUUUCAAUCACCAGAAAGAAAAGUAGGGUUUAUUGGCUUUUGCUUGGAUGCACCUCUGCAUUCGCUUCGGUCCAUUAAGCAAACAGCUGGGAAUUAAGUUUCAGCCUUACUAUGGUCAAUGAAUGAGGGGUCCAAGGCUGGAUUGUAUUUACAUUUGUUGCUGGUGAACUCUUGCGUUCUUGGUAGCUGUAUUUACAUUUAAAUGGUCAUAAUGGUUUAAGAUGAUAAUGAUGGGGGAUGAGGAGACGUGGAGUAGGGAUGUCAGUGGAGUAUUUCUUUCCUGUUGAUGAGAGGAGGAAAAGGGUUUUUAUAUCAACAAAUCCUACAUGAUAGUUAGGGUCCUUCUUGCCGCUUCAAUUGCUGCUUUAGCAGUUAAGCGGCUCAAUCUCAAAAACUCAAAGCCAUCACCUUCAGAAAAUGGCAAAGCAGGCUUUGAGCAACAUCCAAAUAAGGACAAUAAGAAGCAGUUUAGAUAUCCUAAUGAUAGCCUCAAAGAAAAGGAUGGUGAGGAAGAAGAAGAGGAAGAAGAGGUUAAAUUGAUUAGCAGCAUAUUUGAUCGAGCUAAUGAUAGCCGACCAGAUAUUGGUGAUGAAGAUUUUCUACCUGAAUUUGAAGACCUUCUUUCUGGGGAAAUCGAAUAUCCGUUACCACCUGAUAAAUUUGACAGGGCAGAGAAAGAAAAAAUAUAUGAAACUGAGAUGGCAAACAAUGCAAGUGAAUUGGAAAGGUUGCGCAAUUUAGUAAAGGAACUGGAGGAGAGGGAAGUGAAGCUCGAGGGCGAAUUGCUUGAGUACUAUGGUUUAAAAGAGCAGGAAUCAGAUAUUGCUGAAUUACAAAAGCAGCUUAAGAUCAAGACAGUUGAAAUUGACAUGCUGAAUAUUACCAUAAACUCUUUGCAAACUGAGAGGAAGAAGCUUCAAGAAGAGAUUGCACAUGGAGCUUCUAUAAAGAAGGAGCUGGAGGUGGCUAGGAACAAAAUCAAGGAGCUACAAAGGCAAAUUCAACUUGAUGCUAACCAAACAAAAGCUCAGUUAUUGUUUCUCAAGCAACAAGUUUCUGGUCUUCAAGCAAAAGAGCAAGAAGCCAUCAAAAGUGAUGCUGAGCUUGAGAAGAAAUUGAAAGCUUUAAAGGAGUUAGAAAUUGAAGUUGUGGAGCUUAGGAGAAAGAAUAAAGAGCUUCAACACGAAAAGAGGGAGUUAACUGUUAAACUGGAUGCUGCUGAAGCAAAAAUAGCCUCCCUUUCCAACAUGACAGAGAAUGAAAUUGCAGCCACGGCAAGAGAAGAGGUCAAUAAUUUAAAACAUGCAAAUGAAGAUCUGCUAAAGCAAGUGGAAGGACUUCAGAUGAACAGAUUUAGUGAAGUUGAAGAGCUAGUGUACCUUCGUUGGGUCAAUGCGUGCUUGAGAUAUGAACUCCGUAAUUACCAGACACCUGGAGGAAAAAUAUCUGCUCGUGAUCUCAAUAAAAGUCUGAGCCCUAAGUCCCAAGAGAAGGCUAAAAGGUUACUAUUAGAAUAUGCAGGGUCUGAACGUGGGCAAGGGGACACAGAUCUUGAAAGCAACUACUCUCAUCCAUCCUCUCCUGGAAGUGAGGAUUUUGAUAAUGCUUCUAUUGACAGUUCCAUGAGUAGAUACAGCAGUCUCAGUAAGAAACCUGGCUUAAUCCAAAAGCUGAAGAAAUGGGGCAAGAGCAAAGAUGAUUCAAGUGCUCUUUCGUCACCAGCCAGAUCCUUCUCUGGUGGCUCUCCAAGCAGGACUAGCAUGAGCCUCCGUCAGCGGGGUCCAUUAGAAUCACUUAUGCUGAGGAAUGCAGGUGAUGGUGUUGCAAUCACAACUUUUGGUAAAAUGGAGCAGGAACUCACUGGUUCCCCUGAAACUUCCACUCUUCCCAACAUUAGAACACAGCCUUCUUCUGGUGACUCUUUGAAUAAUGUUGCAUCAUCAUUCCAAUUAAUGUCUAAAUCAGUAGAAGGAACUCUAGAGGAAAAAUAUCCUGCUUUUAAGGACCGCCAUAAGUUGGCCAUGGAGAGGGAGAAACAAAUUAAGAAAAAAGCAGAACAAGCAAGGGCAGAGAGGUUUGGCGAAAAGACUGAAAGAGAGAAACCUGUAAAUCUACCCCCAAAACUUGCUCAAAUAAAGGAGAAGUCAGUUGUUUCUGGUAACUCAAAUGAGCAAUCCAAUGACGAUAAGGCUGUAGACUCUCAAACUAUCAGCAAGAUGAAACUUGCCCACAUUGAAAAGAGACCACCUAGGGUGGCCAGACCACCACCAAAGCCAUCCAGUGGCAUUUCUGCUGAUGCAAAUACCUCUGCAGCAGGACAACCUCCACCACCUGGUGCGCCACCACCACCACCGCCACCUCCUGGUGGAAGACCACCUCCGCCUCCUCCUCCAGGCAGCCUACCUAGAGGGGCAGGCAGUGGUGAUAAAGUUCACCGAGCUCCUGAACUUGUUGAAUUCUAUCAGACAUUGAUGAAACGAGAGGCAAAGAAAGACACAUCAAGUUUGCUUUCUACAACUUCUAAUACAUCAGAUGCUAGGAGCAACAUGAUUGGAGAGAUUGAGAAUAGAUCGACAUUCCUCUUAGCUGUAAAAGCUGAUGUGGAAACUCAAGGUGACUUUGUUCAGUCCUUGGCAGCUGAAAUUCGGGCAGCUUCCUUCACCAACGUAGAAGACCUGGUGGCUUUUGUAAAUUGGCUAGAUGAGGAGCUUUCCUUCUUGGUUGAUGAACGAGCAGUUCUCAAGCACUUUGAUUGGCCUGAAGGAAAGGCUGAUGCAUUAAGAGAGGCAGCUUUUGAAUACCAGGACCUAAUGAAGUUGGAGAAGCUGGUCUCUUCCUUUGUUGAUGAUCCAAACCUUCCAUGUGAAGCUGCUCUGAAGAAGAUGUACAAGUUGCUUGAGAAAGUGGAACAAAGUGUAUAUGCCCUCUUGCGUACAAGAGAUAUGGCUAUUUCACGAUACAGGGAGUUUGGAAUUCCAGUGAAUUGGUUAUUAGAUUCUGGGAUUGUUGGCAAGAUCAAGCUUUCAUCUGUACAAUUGGCAAGGAAAUAUAUGAAACGUGUAGCAUCAGAACUUGAUGCACUGAGUGGACCGGAGAAAGAACCAAAUCGAGAGUUUAUACUCCUGCAAGGGGUCCGUUUUGCUUUCCGUGUUCAUCAGUUCGCGGGUGGUUUUGAUGCUGAAAGCAUGAAGGCUUUCGAAGAGCUUAGGAGCCGCAUGCAUACACAAACUGGAGAAGACAAUAAGCCGGAAGCAUGAGAAAUAUAUACUACUUUUGGCCUUAUCUUUUCCUUGUUUCUCCACUGCUCUGUUGUAUAUUGAUUUUAUACUACUUGACAAUAUUCCACUAGAACUUACUCCAUAUAGAUUGGAUAUUGUACAAUGAAGUUGUCCAGACACAGAAAAGGGAAAUAUUAAUAUGACUACAUGAGUAUUAAUUGUGAGGCUGUGGUUCAAGUUCUAAGAACAUAUGAUUAGUAUGUUGAUACAAGAUGAAACCUUUUUUUUUCAACAAUGAAAUAUCAUUUGAACA